AUGGAAUCAGACGCGACUAAUGGGCAAGCGGUCUCUUCCAUCAACGGGAAACAGGAGAGACAGUCUCACGUGGAAAUGAAGAAUGGAAAGGUCAGCUUCAAACAGAAGCCGAUGUCUCUGGAGAAGAUGACAGAGACGAUGCAAGAACUGGUGAAGUUUCGCGAGUUCUUAGAACGACGAAUAGAGAACCAAGACCCCCCGUUGAGUCACGUACCAGACGAGCACAAGCCGCUCAUAGCGAAAUUCACUCAAGAGAGCGACAAAACCAUAGUUGCACUUUCUAAACACAUUCAACGAGAGCUCAUCCCUACCCCGAACGACGGAGAUAUGGCUCAAGCGAGUUCUUCCGCAAGUUCGCUGCCAUUGGAGACGAUUGAAGCUACCAUCAGAUCCGUGGCAACAAGGGUCAACUAUGGCAUUGAACUGGCGAACCUCACGAGGACCCCUGCAUUGUUGUGUAUCUGGAGGUGGGAAGUACAGAAGGAUUACUAUCAUUGGCUGCCUAAGGCUUCACGCGAGAAGAUCGAAGCAAGAUUGGCCGAAAGAUUACUGGCUAAGCAAGAGCUGCAAGCUCUCUUUGAUGCACUCCCUCAAAGUGAGCGAGAUGCCAUGCUCGGAACCAAAGGCGUGGGUGCCGUCGCGAAGCAGAAGCCGAAAGCACUCUCCCAUGCCACCUCUAACGACCUCUCACCUGUCCGCGGCUCCUCACCUCUAACUUCACCAGGCAACCCAAUAGACAGCAAAGUGGAUCUCGAGAGUGUCGAAAAUGACAGUGCCCAAAUAAAGGCAGGCCCAGGCCGCCCGAAGAAAGCUGCUGACCCGGAGAAAUCUGCAAAGGAAAGGGAGCGACUGGAGAGGAAAGCUGCGAAGGCCGACAGGGAAAGGAAAGAGAAGGACGCCCAGAAUAAGUCCCGCUCCCUCAUGGCGAGCUUUUUUGCUAAGCCGAAAGCCUCCGCAUCUACAUCGAUACAUGGCUCGCCUUCUGGAGAGCCCAUCGCCGGAUCUUCGACCAGCUCGACGUCCGACUUCGACAAGGCCUUCAGACCCUUCGUGCUGAAGAAGGAUGCGGAGCUUGCGCCUAUCAAUUGGUUUCAAGAAUCGAGAAGACAGAAACGAGAGGAUGCGGAUGUCAUCGUUAUUGAUGACGAUGGAGAAGAUACACGGGACACGGUGAUGCAUGAUGCAGAGGCCGAUCUCUUAGAGCUGAGCCCAAAAUCUUAUUGCAAAUCGUUGAUAUUCUCGUUGCCCCUCCCGUUGGACCCUUCGCGUCUUUUGAGGCGUCCCUGUUCUCAAUUCAAGGUGUAUCAUCCCGAUCCUGUCCGGUCCAUAAUCGCCCGCCUUUCAGAGGCCGAACUCUCUGACGACAUAGCCGUUGUACGCGAACUUCUUGCUGAUCUACAAGAUCGCAAGCGCUUCCCUGCGAAAGUGUUGAUCUUCGACGAAGACCGGCGCCCGGGCUAUUUUGGCACGUUCACGCGAUCCUCACAAGCAAUUGGCCCCCGUACGCCAUUCACACGCGACGACGUCGUGGUUGAUUAUUCUUAUGACAGUGGUGAAGAGUGGGGCGAGGAAGAGGAGGGGGGAGGGGAUGACGUCGCGGAGGCGAGCGACGAGGACGGAGAUGAUGAGGAAGGGUCAUCGGAUCUGGACGAUUGGCUUGUGGAUGAGGAUCAGGAAGAGGUUGCCACGCCUAUCGACGAGCGAGAAGGCAUGGACGGAUUCCCAUUUCCACCACCAGAGCAGGCGAAAGGGAAACGGAAAGUUGAGGUGACGGGGAAAGGAGAGGGCGCAGACGUAACGAGGAAUAAGAAGAGGAAGGCUGUUGUGCCCUUAGUACCUUUGGUCAAGGGCCCAUUCUGGGAAACUAAGAUGGGCAAGUGCGAAUACGAACCCUUCAAACAAUAUCGAAUCCAGCUCUUCAACGAUACUCCAUAUCCCAUCGACCCGUUCACGUUUGUCUCCACUCCUGUCGAAAAGCAGGUAGUUAAACCUGCACCUUCCACGUCCACGUCCGCGCUCGCCUCGUCAUCGGUCCCUAUUUUUGCUGUGCCAGCUCUGCCAUCUCAUUUCGCGGCAAACUGUAACUCACCCUCUACCGCUUCGCUAUUAGCCGUUUCCACUCCCAAGCGCGCGCUAAUCUCACCGAAGAAUCCCUUCCCUGAGGCGCAUCUCCCAUUCCUUGUCUCUAAGAUCGCAGCUCUCGCAACAAGCAGUCUGCCUGCCCUUGUAGACUCGGUGUAUCAAGACCUCAAGGCGCACAAAGUGAAAAAGUACGCUAUCGAGGUGAAGGUUCGGGAGAUCUGUGAAAAGGACCAACGAAGAGUCUGGGUUGUAAGGAAGGGGCUUCAUGCUCUUGAUGGACUGACAGUAUCUGCUUAAGCCAGACAUGGACUGCAAGAGAAUGACUGGGAGCGGCUGUUUUGUUUUCUAUAAUGUUGUUGAUUAAUCAUACGUCCUGCCAAUACACUACGUUGUAUUAUACCGCUGAUUGGUCGCCUCCAUCUAUUACCAUUGUCAGGGCUCUUUUCCAUUGCUUCAAAACUAUAGAGGUAAUACAAUAAUUGUACAAC